AGCACAACAUCCUCUUAAUCUUCUUGCCUACGGACGCACGAGGAGCAGAGCAAACCCUAGGCAUCGACCUCCAUGGACAGGCACCGCAACGAGCGCUUUGACGACCGCUUCGGAGACGGCGGUGGGAGGCGGCCGCCUUCUCGCUGGUCCUCCGGCAGUCCCACGGAGCGCCAGCACCGCUAUCCCAGGAGCGGAUCCGGCGGUGAGGGAUUCACCGGAGGAAAUAGCGGCGCAGGAGGACGCUACCAUCCCUACCGUGAAAUGCAAGACCUCCCUCCGACUCCAGCUGCUGCUGGGUUCCUUGGCGGAGAUCCCGGGGCCUUCGGCCCGGCGCCGCCCAUAGGUGGCCCUAUACGCGGAUUCUCCGGUCGUGGUGGUUCUCCAGAUCGCACUGGUGGAAAUAAAUUUGCCAAGCUUUUUAUUGGAGCAGUUCCAAGGACAGCAACUGAAGAAGAUAUUCGUCCAUUGUUUGAGGAGCAUGGAUAUGUUAUCGAAGUGGCAUUUAUAAAGGAUAGGAAAACAGGAGAACAACAAGGAUGUUGUUUUGUAAAAUAUGCCACUUCUGAUGAUGCUGAUAGAGCCAUCAGGGCUUUACAUAAUCAAUAUACUUUGCCUGGAGGAUCAGGACCUAUUCAAGUAAGAUAUGCUGAUGGAGACAGAAACCAUCCUGGUGCUGCUGCUGAAGACAAACUGUUUGUAGCAUCACUCAACAAGCAAGCCACUGCAAAGGAGAUUGAGGAAGUUUUUACUCCAUAUGGGCAAGUUGUAGAUGUCUACAUAAUGAGAGAUUCAUGGGGUCACAAUCGCGGUUGUGGUUUUAUUAAAUUUGCAAAUAGAGAGAUGGCAGCAGCAGCUAUGAAUGCUCUCGAUGGAACUUUUGUGAUGAGGGGAUGUGAUCAACCAUUGGUUGUUCGAUUUGCUGAUCCUAAGCGACCAAGGAAUGCUGAUCAGAGGAAUGGACCUGCAUUUGGUGGACCUGGUGUCAGCCCUCGAUCUGAUGCAGCAUUAGUCAUCAGGCCGACAGCUAAUAUUGAUGAGCCAAGAAAUGGGCCAAAGCCAGCUGAUGCAUGGAACCCAUUGAGUCCUGAUUUGCAUGGUCCAGCUUCUCAUUCCAAUUCACAUGGAUCUGGAGGCACCUUUCCAGUCAAAGGUGGUCCCCCUGGAACGCCAUCAGAUCCUGGCCAUUUUGGACCAACUGUUGGUUCAAAUGCUGGUCCAGUCUCAAGUCCUUCAGUGCUACCUUCAUCACAACAGGGAUUCAACUCUUCAAUGGCUGCAAUCCCUCCUUUUGGCGGCCAGCAAAUAUCAACAUUGCAAAAACAAAUGGUGCAUCAGCAAAACUUUCCACCACCUUCAAAACUGCAUGCCCAACAAGGUCCUAUGUCCCACCUUCACCCACUGAAUUUGCAGACACCUUUACAACAUCUUGGCCAUCAACUUCCUCACUCAGGUGGUCUAACCUUAAACCAAAACAUGCCAUCACAACAGUUACCUGGACUGAGUGGGCAAGCAUCCUCACUGCCUUUAGCUCAACAAAUUGCCCCUUCUAUUGCCCAGCAAGCCCCUUCAACCCUACAAGCACAAGCUAUGCCUGCUACUGCUAAUCUCCCCCAGUUUGGCACAUCCAAUGUCAUGCCUCAGAUGCUUCAGCAGCCUAUUCAACAGUUUCCAUCACAGCUACCUCAGAUGCUGCUCCAGCAGCAGGCACAAGCCUUACAAUCUAGCUUCCAAUCAUCUCAACAGGCAAUUUUCCAGUUACAACAGCAACUGCAGCAAAUGCAACAGCAUCAGACACUUCCUGAGGCCUCUAAAUUGCAGGCUGCUAGUACAGCCACUAGCACACCUGCUUCAGUAGUACCUACGAGCGUGUCAUCUCUAACAGUUCCAGUAAAUUCUUCACCUGCUGUUCCUAUGACUUGCAACUGGACAGAGCAUACUUCUCCAGAUGGAUUCAAAUACUACUAUAAUAGCGUUACUCAAGAGAGCAAGUGGGAGAAGCCUGAAGAAUUGACACUAUUUGAGCAGCAGCAGCAACAACAACAACAGAAGUUGCUUAUGUUGCAGCAGCAGCAGCAGCAGCAGCAACAACAACAACAACACCAACAACAGCAACAGCAACAGCAACAGCAGCAUCUGCAACAACAAAAGCUUUCUUUCCAGCAGCACCAUUCACAACUUGAUACCAAGUCACACUUGCACAUUCCACCAAACCAACAAAUUUUGCCUGCACAAGUGCAACCUCAGAUGAUGAGGCAACAAGCACAGUUGCAACUUCAACCUAUGCAGUUGUAUCAAGCUCCUGGUGGAGCCCAACCACAUGGGCAAGACUUGAAUUCUGGACAACCGAAAGUCGGUGGGUCUGUGAUUGAUUCUGCAAAAGUCCAACAGGGGAUUCCAACAGCACAAGCUUGGGCUUUGAAAAACAAACCUUCAGGUACUUGGAUCCAGCCUUGAUGCCAACUGUAGGAGAAGCUUAAAGUUGCCAGAAAAUAGCUGUUGUAGCUGUUCGAUCCAUUCGAACUUUGUACCGCUAGCAUUUAGCAAAAUGAUCAUCCCUUAUUUAUAUCCUUGGUUUGUCGUAUCAGAUCAUGGCUUGUGUUCUAAAUUUUGUUGUUCUUAAGGGCUGUAAUUGCCCCUAGAUCUUUUUUAGUGAUAGUCUUUGAUGCAUAUAUUUGUACUAUUAACAUUACCAACAUGAGUAUUGCUUAUUUA